AUGGUAGAGAAGCCUGGUUUUGAUCCAAAACAAAGUCUUCUGUUCCUUGACUUUGCUGAUGCUCUUUUCGGUCGCAGAAGAGAUGAUCCAGUUGCUAUCAGAUCAAACUUGUUCCUUGGUCAGUACAUUUCACCUCUUCUACGGUGGGAUAAAACUAUGGCUAUGCAAUUCAAUGACUGGAUUGAUUGGGAUUGGCAACCCUGGAUCGAAGCCGAGUACACUUAUACUGCUGCAGCAAUCACACCGGAAAUGCGGGACACCUACGGCCGAUAA